UCGUGCUGGACCCAUCGCCACCAGAGUGGCACGGGGCAUCGUACUUUGCACCAUACUCAGGAGUGGUCAGUGGCAGAGCUCGGGGACACGCGUGCGGUGGUACAGCUGCCGUCUCACUCACAUUCUUUACUCGCUAAGGCCAAGAUAACUGUGGGAGGUGCCGUAAGGCUUGGAUAGCACACACUAUCUCAAGCCUUCCCUCGUCCCUCAGUACCACCGUCACCACAGCCUAAGAACUUCUGCCGCCAUGCCCGGCACUCUCACCGCCCCAACCGCCACCACCGACAAGUUCAGCCAUGUCCAGGACUUUGACGAUCUUCUAGAGGUGGUGGGAUCUUAUGGCCGCUAUCAAAAGCAGAUGCUUUACCUCUUCUUUAUGCCCGCCUGUUUUUUCAUUGCAUUUACGUCAUGGAGUUGAUUCCACCCGAGCGUCGCGCCCUGGCCGUGAUGCUCUCCUUCCUGAGUUGGACCUUCGGGAUGUGCUUCACGGCGCUGGUGGCCUGGCUCGUACCACACUGGCAGCACCUCGCCAUCAUAUCCAUCUUCCCCUCGCUCCUCGGAUUCUUGUACUGGAGGUUUCUUCCUGAGUCUCCAAGAUGGCUGCUGUCCAAAGGAAAAGUGCGGCAAAGUGCGGACAUCCUUCUCAAUAUUGGCGCAACCAACGGGGCUCCGUUGGUGUCACGCACCAAGAUGGAGGCUCAGCUCCACGUGUUGAUGUUGCGGCAGCCCGUGGCCCAGCCCCUCAGCGCCCUGUUGGCAUACCCGAAGCUCACUACGAGAGCUGUAAUGCUUCUCCUCAUGUGACGACACAAAGAUUGGUAACUCGGUUCACACUGACGAAGACAGGCAAAGCCUCCAAGAGGAUUUGCACAAAAUUUCAGCUUGGUAUGAUAGAUGGGAGAUGCCCUUCAACGUAGAUAAGUGCCAGGUCCUUCAAGUUGGAACAAGGUAUAAGAAGUUCGAUUACGAAAUGCGCGGCGUUAAACUCAAAAGCGUUCAAUGCGUUAAGGACUUAGGGGUCAAAAUCACGUCAAACCUCAAAUUCUCACAGCAAUGCAUCGAUGCAGCAAAUAAAGCGAACAGAAUGUUGGGCUUCAUUAAAAGAAACUUUUUAUUCAAGAAUAAAGAUGUAAUACUUCCACUCUACAAUAUACGGUACAGUUUUGGUCUCCCCACCAUGCAAAGGACAUUGCUAAAUUAGAAGGUGUUCAGCGUCGGGCAACAAAAAUGAUCCCUUCCUAGCGCAACAAAUCUUACGAAGAAAGGCUUUCCACCCUUAACAUGUUCUCUCUUGAGAAACGUCGCUUCCGAGGAAAACUGAUCGAAUGUUUUAAAAUACUUAAUGGUUUCACGAGUGUAGACAGAUCAACAUUGUUUAUGAUCGAUGACACUUUGCGUACAAGGAACAAUGGCGUAAAACUCAAAUGUAGACAAGUAAAUUCAGACUGCACCAAAUUUUUCUUUACUAACGUUGUAGUGCGAGAAUGGAAUAAGCUCCCACCGUCAGUGGUCCAGUGUAACACGACUGACUCCUUCAAAAACAAGUUCGACCGUCACCUCCAUCAACUUGAGUUGAAAUGCAUCGUUUUGGAGCCUUCUGAUUAAUGUAGAAUCACUUAGGUUUAAGGACAGACCACCUAGUCUGGACCAUGGGGUCUGUGUAGUCUGAUUUUCUAUGUAAAUCUAUGUAAAUCUCUCUCUCUCUCUCUCUCUCUCUCUCUCUCUCUCUCUCUCUCUCUCUCUCUCUCUCUCUC